AUGUCACGACUAAACAGCCCGACGACGAAGCGGACUACUGUGAAGAAGCCACCACAGGCGGUCAAGCGAUCUAGUUCGCCCGGAAAGAUUCAGCAAGUCGCAGGCCGUGCAGAAAAACAAGCUGGUGGUAGUCAUGGAGCAGGUUCGAAGAAGCCCUCCCCGUCCUCAUCAGUGAAGAGAUUCAACAAGGUUGUGAAGCACGACAAGCCGUGGAACUCGUCGACCACGGGAGUCACGUGCAAUGGCAUCUUUCCUCCCCAUCCAUCUAGCGCACAGAGCAGCAAUCUUAGCAAAGGAAAUCCGCAGAAAAGCGUCUCGUCCGACAAAUCGUCUCUCUGCGCCAGUGCGUCUGCAAUUUUUCAAGCGGCCAAGGGUUCGUCCAACGCGUCAAAAUCGCAAUCGGCGAAAGCAGCUUCCAAUCCUUCUCGUUCUCCUGGGAGUAGUUCGCCACAGCGAGCUGCAAAAGUAGUGAGGACCGGAGUUGCAGCAGCAGUGGUUGCUGGUACAACCUCUGGACCACGAAACACGAGAGCCAAGCAGACGAAUGGCACACUGCGGUCGCCGUCGCUCGGUGCGGGGACCAAGAGCUCGCAGCUGUCGAAGAAGACAAAGCUGUCCUCACCCGACACCGGCGGGAGGAGACCGCCUACACCAGCACCAACGCCGAUUCUGGCAACGGCAAGUGAUUUGCUGAUCUCUAGCGGUAGGCAGGAUCAGGAAGCAUUCGCGGGCUCUUCGUCUGCCGGUGCUAGUUACAGAAAUGAUCCUGAAAAAGGUGGACACCCGGCUAGGGCGGGCAUCGACGAUGAGAAGAAAGCCUCCGUCGGACCACCACGACAGGAAGAUCUGCGGUCCCUGAAUCACAAAGAGUUCCUCGCCCGAUUGUCUUCAGGCCUCGAGGAAAUGGUCAAGCAAAGGCUUUCUCUCUCACCGCUAGCCGUACCGCUUUUUCCUGCCACUACCGAGGACGCCGAUGCGCAAAAACAUGCUGCUGCGGAUAACGUUGUCAUCCGCAAAUCUGCAGGGUCAUCUGACCAACAGAAAGAAACAAACCAGAACAGUGCAGGAGCCGGAGUUCAGCUCGACGCCAGUGCUCCUGCUUCCCCGGAUAAAUCGGAUCACGGCCUGAUGCUCGCCCCCUACCUCGUUUCUUCCGAGGACGAGGCACCAAAACUCCCUUUCCUGCCCAUCGCUGCUUCCGCUCCCGCAGCAGUGCAGGGAGGAAUCAAACAAAGUGAGAGCCCAUCUUUGCUGUUGAAGUCGUCCCCGCAACUAAAAGCUCAACAGGUCGCGGAGCAGGACCAGCAGUCCAUGAAGCGGCCGCCCCAACCCGCGGAUCGUUCGCGCACCAAAGCCUCGUCGCUGUCGCCGAACCCGAAACCCAAGCGGCAACGCCGGUCUUCGGCCGCGAACCCCAAAGGAAAGGGAAAGAAGGCCAAAUCGAACGCAGCGUCGCCGGAACUCGAGCUGAAACCCUUCGAAAAGCCCUGGGGGGAGAUGACGGAGCAAGAGCGACAGAGUCUCGGGGUGCUCGACCGCAUCCAGCACAAGCAGGGCAAGCCGCGGGUUUCCCUGGUGGUGCCAGAAGAGCGACAGGGGUACGUGGUGGAUAAGAAGAAGCAGGAAAAGAUGAACGCGCUGUACGCCCGGCUGGACCGCGCGUACAAGAAGUGCAGCAUCGAGCAGAUCCACGCCGAGCUGGCCCGGCGGCGGAAGAAGCUCGAAAAAGAAGAACAGCUGAAGAACUACUGCUGGUGCGGGGUGUGCCGCCCCGCCAAGGGUCCGUGGCGUCCACGGCGAAACACGCUCGUGCAGAUGGGUAUCUUGAAGGAACACGAAAGCAUGGAUGUGUGGGAAGAUAGAAAGAAAGAACUGCGCGAGAAGUACCGAAGAGAAAACAAAGCAAAAGACGGCGAUGAAGAUGAAGAUGCUGAAAUAAAGGCUGAAGGAAAGGGCGUCGAAAAUAACAACCAGAAGAUGAAUCGAAGUGAGGAGGAAGCAUCAAAAGAACUGCACAAACAAAACGAGCAAAAAGUUGAUCACCUUGUGCUCGUUUCCCACGGCAAAGAACCAACUUCCGAAGAAAGACAGCCGUUGACGACGGUACAUGAAGAGACCAUUCUAGAAGACACUGCACCCGUUUGCGAAAACGUCGAAGAACAGGACCUGUUGGACGAGUUUCAGAUGGCCGAACUGGAGCUGCUUUGCGAGGAAAUCGAAAAGAAGGGCGCAGAUGAUGAAAAAGCCGGUAGUGGUACGGGUGCAUCAGCGUCCAAUGUUGCUGUCGUGCAGGCGUCAGGAGGUAGUGGCCCCUCCUCGUCUUCAGCCGCGGUGUCUUCUUCAAUAAAAUCGCGACUGCAGGCACCCUCCGUGUUUGCUCGAGGCGGCUCCGCGCCCGCAGUUUUGGCGACUUCGAGUAGCAAGCUCAGUUGCCGUCCUUCAGCCCUACCCGGUGCGGAAUCCGCAGCGCGCGCACAGAAGAUUAAGCCUUGAGUAAAUAGAUACUAAUACAGAAGUCGAAGUGACAUUUAUUUUACAUUUUCCGCUGCUCUUUCUAGCUUCCCUGCUUUGGUACUAAAACUACCUAAAUAAAAGCAGCAAAUCUGAUGAGCUGGUGCUGAGUCAGCUUCAGCGCUACGACGCAAGCGUUGACUUCACCUGGUCGCGUGGUCGUCCACCUGGGGGAGAUAACGACGCUUAAGUCAGUCCGAUCACAACUUUUGAGGCUAUUUCUCGAACUACUAUUCUGUUUCUGAUGUAAUGUUGUUUGUGUUUUGAUCACAUAACACAUGAUUGCCGAUGAUGAUGUCGUUCUACUUGAAUCAUUCAUUGUGGCUUUUGAGACGAACAAAUGCACCAACUUCUUUGACACUGUACCAAAAUUGCUGGCUCUUGGCGACGGGCACAGAU